UGUUAAGUUUAAAAGCAAAAAAUUAUAAUAAUAAAUAGUUAAAACUGCACAAUUCUAACCAAUGUCAAAUAUGUUUUGCUUUUUGUUUUAAAAUCAGAUACUUUUAUUUUUUUAAAUUUUAUUAAGUUUCCUAGUCUCGCCAGUUGACAAAACUGCUGGCCAAGUUUGAGUUGAACCUCAGCAGUGUAGUAAUAGCUGCUUUUGUUCUGGAGACGCUAACGUUACAGUCAUUCAAGCGGAACUGGUUUGGUUCAAAACCAUUUUUAUAACGUCUUUUUCCUGUUGCCAGCAUUGGUCCUGUUACUAUGGUGACAGACAUUUUGUUUUGAACAAUGGGGAUUGAGUUGCACAGUAGGCUUCUGUUGCAGUCGGUUUGGAUCCUGGGGAGUAAUGCAAGUAAGUACAAAGAAACUCAACUCACAUGGACCUGGACAGUAAACUGACUAGAGGAUCUAUGCACAAGUGUAAACUUAAUGGCAUUCAAGACACACAGCAGGAUAGUGACAAACCAAUUCCUGACAAGUUGGGCACCUGUCAGCCAGAAGCCAUCAGCAGUGAAAUGCAAUCAAAUGACAAAGAGGUGCUUUUAAGUCGGUGGAAGAAAGGACAAGAACUCCCUGCUAAAUCACAGCAUGCUGCAGCAGUUACGCUUGAAAACAGGUUCUUGAAAGUGCAAAAGAGUUCACUGCAAAAUACAAAUGGAAAUGUUAAUCAAGAUUUUAACGAGCAGGCGAUGGAAUCCCUACGAAGAAUUCUAGCAGGAGCAGAUUUGUUGAAAAAAGAAGAGGCUAUGAUGAGUAUCCUCGGGUCAAAAUAUGAUUUUCAGAUGGAGCAUAACUCUAAAGACUUAAAUCUGCCCUUCGGUUACUUUAUUAGGUCUAAUUCAAUAAGAUCUGUUGAAUGUUCCUCAAACCCAUCCAAAGUCAUUUUAAAGGAAAUAUCAAAGGGUCGAGAAAGCAGCAGAGCUGAGAAAAGUUCAUCUCUGAAGAGCAAACAUCUCGACUUCUUUGAAGUUGUGAAGGAGCAACUGCAACAGAAGGACUUGGAGAAUCAACAUCUUGUCCAUUUGUUGUUGGUCAAGCGACAAGAACUGAAGGAUAUUAAAGAGACGUCAAAGCAAAAGGAGAAGGAAACCCAACUUAUUACCGAAAAGCUGAAGUGCGAAGAACAGAAAAAUACCAAAAUCACCACCAGGUUUGAGCAAACCUCUGAAGAUUUGAAGAAGGAACUCGCUGAAGCCAAAAUUAACACCAAAACUGCUAUGAAACAGCUUCAAGCACUGAUGGAGAAAUACGAGAGCCUCAAAACACGCGCUAACACCAUGAAAGACCAACUCAACGUGGAGCUCAAUGAGAAAAAGAGCUGUCAAAAAUCAUUCAAGAAGCUUCAGCAGAUGUCUCAGGAGCUGCUAACCAAGCAGAAACAUCUGGAGGAGCAAAGAGAUGCAGCAGGACGAGAUCUGGCUUUGUGUAGAGAGACGCUGCAGAUGAUGGACGCCGAACACAAGAAGAACAUCAGCAUUCAUCAGAGACUCGAGGAGGAGGCAUCAGCCAUGAAAAGUGAAUCUGCAAACCUCAGAGAACAUCUACGUAAAGCUCAGGAGAAGAACAAGGAGCUCAUGCAGGCGGCUCAUUCCAAAGAGUCUGACAAGAAGAAGAAUGUUAAGGAAAUUCAGGACAUGGUUGAAAAACUGAACGCUGAACUGGAGAAGUGCCGAACAGAAAGAGACAAAGCAUUUCAACAGGCGGAGAGCAUGAAAUAUGAAUCCAAACGGAUUCACAACAAGCAGAGAGUGGAGAUGCUUCAGCAGCAGGAACAGCAGAAAGCCUGUCUGCAGCAGUCCGAUGGUUUGAGAAGAGAGUGCGAGACUUUGAUGGAGAUGGUCAGUGAGCUCAAGAAAGACAAGCAAGUCUUGAGAGAGAAGCUGGAGAGCAUUCAUAAAGAAAAGAUGGUGUUGGUGAUGACAAGCACGAAGGAGGGAGAGCGGCUCAAAGAGGCCAUUCGUUUGCUGCAGCGAGAGAGAGAGGUGCUGUUAGUGGAGAUGGAGGACUUGCGUAAGGAUUACCUCGGCCUCAGUGACAGAAUCACACAGAAAAUGGGCCACAUGGAUGCAGCUGAUCCUCCCAUGACCAUCACUGACAUCACUACAAACCAUCAACGAAACACACAGGAGCUCUCAACCUCCAAUAAUGGAAUGAGUCAUAAAAUACAUGAAUACUAGUGAAAUAGUUAGAUUUUUCUAUUUUAAAUCCUAAUUUAUGAUGCAAAUUAUAUUAUCAAGAAGUAAAGUUGAGAUGAAGAAUGAUUAUGAAUUUCUGAACAUAUAAGUAUUUGUUUUGUCCCUAGUUAAAGCAGCACUGAAGCUGCAUGAAGUGACCUGAAAUCUGACACUUUCUCAGUGGAUGUCAGUUUCACAAACCCACUUUUGUUUUCUUUGUUUUGACGCUAUGAAGCAAGAAUGCAUUAAAUGGAUCGAAUGACAGACAUUAAUUUUACAAACUAAAUGCUGUUUUGAAAAAUCUCUUCAGAAAUGUUUCAAUGUUUCCACAUUUAAGCACCAGAGAGUAAUGGAUGCUGGAAAUUCAGCUUUUAAAAUAAAUUGUGAAUUGGAUUUAUUUGUACAUAAACUGUAGUGUUUCUAUAUUAUUGUUUUAAUAGUAUUUGGAUCAAGUAAAUGCAGUAUUGCAGCACGUGAGA